GUUUCCGGGAUGUUUGGUGAUGUGGCUAUGCACAGAAAUACAGCAGAGGAGAUUUAUCAUAUAAAAAGAAUAAACAGACAUCUGAGAAGCUUUCAUACAGAUUCGGCUACAUGUUCAGCCGGCUGUCCCAGGGCUUUACCAACGUCCUGCAGGAGCUGUCUGGGGACGAGCCCCCCGAUGGAGCCCCUCAUGAUAUGUUGGUCCCCCAGCUCCCCCCUGGAGAUGCCCCCGGGGCCCCUGAGGAGUCUGGGCCUGGGGUGGAGGAGGAGCCCCUGGAGAGGCUGGCUCAUCUGGAGCAGCUGACGGUGCAUCUCAAGGAGGUGGUCAGAGAUAAGGACAGCCAGCUGGCCACAUUCGAAACGCAGCUCAAGAGUGAAAGGGAGACAGCGGAGGCACGCUUCACUAAACUGAAGCUGCAGGCCAAAGCCAAGAUGGCUACUCUGAACAAACAAAUUGCUGACCUCAAGGGGCAGGAGGGAGCAACAAGCUCUCCAGACAGCUCCUUCACCAGCUCAGCUCCUGCUGUGGAGGAGGAACUCCAGGAGCUGAGGAAGCAGCUCAGUGAGGUCUCGACCUCGGCGAAGAACCUCGAGGAGCGUCUCCAGAUGUCCGAAGAGGCCCUGUGUGAAAAGGAAGCCAUACACACGGAGCAGGUUCGUGUGCUUCAGGCAGUUGUCUGUGAAAAGGACGUGCGUUUCCAGGAGCAGAUCCAGAAGCAUGAGGACGAGCUGCUGAGGGUCACAGUGCAGAGCCAGAACGACGCUGAGCUGCAGCAGGCUCUACGUGCAGCCCAGCGGCGUUGUGAGGAGCAGGAGGAAGCCAUGCGGUCACGCUGCCAGGUGCUGGAGAUGCUGCAGGGGGAGCUGAACAAUGCCGACCAGCAGAAACAGAUCCUCACAGCUCAGUUCCGCCAGAUGGAGCAGGAGCUGGCUGAGGCUGGCAGGCAGAGGGAGCAGGAGCUGGCUGAGGCUGGCAGGCAGAGGGAGGAGGAGAGGCAGCAGUGGGCUGGGUGGUCCAGCCAGGCCGAGGCAGAGCUGGUGGCCCUCCGAGCCAACCUUGAGGCCUCCGAGCAGGACAGAGCAGCCCAGCUAGCCAACCUGGAGGGUUCAGAGAGAGACAGAUCAACCCAGAUGGAGGAGCUGACAGUGAAACUGGAGUGUGCCACUAGAGAGCGGGAGGAAGUGACCAACAGAGAAGUAGCCAGGUUGGAGAAGGAGCUUACUGCCUUAAGAGAGGAGUAUGGAGAGGGGCAAAGGGCAGGAGAGGCCCUGGCUGAGUUGUUGACAGGCCUGCGCUCUCUGGCUGGAGAGGGGGCCAAGGAGGACAGCCCUGUUCCCACCGACCCGGCCCAGUGCCUGGGUACACUGCAGGCCCUGGAGGCCCGGCUGGAGAGGCUGAGGGUGGAGCAGAGGGAGAGCGAGGAACGCUGCGCCCAGGUCACCCACACCAUGGAGACAUUGCAAGAACAACUGGAUAAGCGCACCGCAGAAGGCAAAGAGGCAGUUGCUAGGAUACAACAGCUGGAGCAGCAAAUUGGAAUGGCUGCUAGGGAGUCAUUGGUCCAGUGUGUGACUGACCCGUCUGUGGAAGAAGUGACUGAUGCUGAAAAAGCCCAAAUAUUGGCUCUGGAGCGGCAGCUAUUGGAGAAAGACCAUGAGUUGGCUGCCCUGCGAGAGAGUCUUGUGCUGGCUGAAGAGCAGGGCUCAAAUGAUACAUUCAAGGUAAGAGCUGAUCAGAUUCUAGACCAGAGUGAGGACACUGCCAUGGCCCCCUGCGACAGUCCUACAGUGCUGCCAGACCUCCUAGAAGACACGCGAGAGGAGGACACCACCCUGGUGGCAGAGGAUAGGUCAAUCCUGUCAGUCUCCGCUGAUAACGAGAGCAGUCCAGAGCUCAUUGAACCCCAGUCUGACUCUCCCGGAGAAUCUAAGGGGGCCUCCUCUGAUGAGAUGGUCACGAGCAGUGACUCCGAGGUGGCCCACAGCAGCUGGACCCUCCUAGAGGCUGUGAACCAAGAUGAAGGUCAGCAGUCGCCUCCCAUACUGCAGGGCUUUGGCCAGCUCCAGAUGCAAUCCUGGGAAGAGAACAGCUCUGAGCAGGAAACAUCCACAGUCCAGGUGGAGUCCUCAUCAGUCAUCAUCCGUGAGACUGUGCAGGUGCACCUCAGCCAGCAGGGGGCGACCCUCUUUGACUCUGACUCUGCCCCUGGACAGGUGUUUGCCCAGGCCCUAGCAGAUGAGCUGCAGAACAGGUACAGUGAGCUCAUGGUUGAGCUCCAGAGACUGAGAGAGGCUGCCUCAGAGUCACAGGCGAGAGCCCAAGGCCUUGAGGAAGAGAUUCGGUCCCUGGCAGUUGCCAAGGAUGAGGCAGAGUCCCAGGCCCAGAGAUAUGAGGAAGAGCUCCAGUCAGCCAGGUCAGAGAUGGACACGGUGGCCCAGCACAGUGCCUCUGACUUGGAGAGGCAGAGCAUGAAGAUGCAUCUCCUGGAGGAGCAGCUGGCCAGCCUGCAGACAGAAGGCCGCGCCAAAGAGCAGCAGAUCCAGGCCCUGCAGGCAGACCUGGACAAGGCUCAGCACUCUCUCUCUCAGCAGGAGUGCCAGGCCAGGAUGCUGAGUGUCCAGCUGGAAGAAGGGGAAAUCACCUCCUCUGAGCUGGAGCAGAAGCUCCAAGACAUGGAGGCCAGCCUACUGGACAUCUCCCAGGCUAGGGACAUGGCCAAAGCUGUACUGUCUGAGAGGGACACAGAGAUUAACGAGCUGCAACUGCGCAUCACCCAGAAAGAGCAGGAGAUGAUGGAGCUGAGCAAUGGCAUGUCUGCCAAACUGCUCCAGACCGGUGAGGAGAAGUUCCUGAUGAGUGCUGAAGUCAAGAAACUAAAGGAGCAGAUAAUUGAGCUUGAGAAAGCUGGAGAAAAGGAGAAAGCGACAGGGGAGAGUCAUGUAGAGGAUAGUGAUGAGCUCACUAGUUUGCAAAAGGACAAAGAGGAUCUGACAACCCAAGUGGCCACCAUUAAAAAGAGGUUGCAGGCAGCCCUGAUGCAGCGCAAAGAGCUGAUGAAAAAAGUUGCAGAGUUUGAGAAAGAGGCAGAUCAAAGGAAAGGACAGGUAGGGAAAGCAACAGAGGAAGCCUCUGCAAGUGUACCAGCUUUAGAAAAAGACAGAAAACAAGAGGUUAUGGCAAUUGAGACUACUCUUGAAGAGUUCAGACAAGCCUUGAGGUCCAAAGAAGAGGUCAUGGAGGUUUUGGAACGGAAAAUCAGCCAGCAGGAUCAGGUUCUGGAAGAGACACUUGAAAUGAACAGAAGGCUGAGUGAGGGAGCUCAGCAGACUCCAGAGGCUGACACCUCAUCUGAAAUCACUGGGUUGCAGUCCCAGGUGGCCUCACUGGAGUCAGAUUGCGAAACACUGCAAAAGAAACUCCAGGAGGCCCAGGACUCUCGCAAAGACACCAUCCGCAUGGCCAAAGAAAAGGACAGGCACCACCGCGAACAGCUUAAACAGCAAAAGGAAGAGCACAAUGGGCUGUUGGAGCGUUUGGAGGAGCAGGUUGGUGAACGAGAUGGGCUGUUGACUAGACUGAGAGAGCUCGAGGAACUGCAGGCACAGAAAGAGGGGAGCACAGAGAAGGAAGUCCAUGCCGAGCUGGAGACCAACGCUGCAGUGGAGAAGAUUGAGAAGCCAGCUGCAGGAGAUUGGGUCCAGGAAGACUGGGUGGACUUUGCCGCUCCUGAGAACGAAGCACAACAACGAGGUGAUAAACCCAUUCCCAGUGCUGAGGAACCCUCUCAGGUACUUUCAGCUGACACUGAGGCCUCAUUUCAAGCUCUGAAAGAAGAGGUCCAGGCUGAGAAAGCAUAUUGUACAGAGUUGGAGGGCCAACUGCAGGAGAGCCAGGCUAGCCUGUCACUCAGGGAAAGUGAGCUUCUAGCGCUGGGCAAAGAGCUGCAGACCCUGAGAGAGAAGGAGAGCCAGAUUGAACAUGUCUAUGAGGAGUUGGAGGCUCUGAGGGAGAAGUGUCUCCAGGCUCAGACCUAUGCAGAAGCUGUGAAAGCAGAGUUGGAGGCUGCGGCCAAGGGAGCCGCCUCAGACUCCACUGAGUCCACCAUUGCCGUCCUGCAGACAGAGGUGGAGGACUUCAAGCAGUUCCUGAGCAACAAGAACGAUGAGAUCAUGGAGCUUAGCCAGCAGCUGGGUGAGCAAAGCUCUCUCCUCCAGUCCAUGCAAGAGACAGUGUAUGAGAAGGACCAGUCGAUCGCCUCCCUGCAGGAAGGCCUGAGAGCAGAGAAGGAAAAGAGCCAGAGACUGGAGGCCGAGGUCCCCCAGAGGCAGGAGGAAGAGAAGGCCAGCGAGGCCAAGAUCCUGCAGCUUCAGCAGAAGCUCAAGGCCGCCCUUAUCUCCCGCAAAGAGGCCCUCAAAGAGAACAAAAGCCAGAAAGAGGAGUUGGCCUCCACUGAGAAAGUCAUCACUGAACUGCAGCAGAGGAUGGAUGCUAAAGAAGUCGAGCUGGAGAAGCUGAGAGCAGAAAGAGAGAGGCUUAUAGAGGAGGUCGAUCGGACCUUGGUGGAGAACCAGAGCCUUGGGGGAUCCUGCGAGAGCCUCAAGCUGGCCAUGGAGGGUAUGCUGACAGAGAAAGACUUCUGUAAAAGAGAGGCCGAGUCUGCCAAGGAGGAGGCUGCCCGGGCAUGCAGAGAAUGGGAGGAGAAGGUGCAUGGGAUGAAGGAUGAAUAUGAGACUCUGCUAAAGUCCUAUGAGAACGUGAGUGAUGAGGCAGAGCGUGUGAGACGGGUGCUGGAAGCUGCUAGGCAGGAGAGGAAGGAGCUUGUUGCUAGAGCCAGGACCCACGAGGCAGCCAAGCAGGAGGCUGAACGGCAGAAAGAAGAGGCCCAGAAAGAGGUGGACACUGUCAAAGACAAGAUGAGGAAGUUUGCCAAGACCAAGCAGCAGAAAAUCAUGGAUUUAGAGGAAGAGAAUGAGAGACUCCGAGAGAUGGAUGAAAAGAAAGGAAUAAGAAGGGAGGACAAGGCACUCAAAGGAGAACUUGAAAGACUCAAAGAAGAGCUUGAGGCUCUGAAAGCUGAUUUGAAUGCCACUACGGCACAGAGGGACUCCUUAGAACAGCAAGUUGUUGAGGUGAGGGAACAACUAGCCCAAGAGCUAGAGAAAGGGGACAGAUUAGCUCCAGAUAAAACCCCCAUCUCUGAUGAUGUAGUGGAGGAAACUAUUGUUGCCCAGCAGUCUAGUACAGUCAUGACUGAAACUACCCAAGAGCCAGUUAAGAGCCAGCCUCAGGACAUAGAGCCACAUAGUCAGGCUAUAGAAUCUGAGGUAGCUGCACCUGAAAUGCACUCUUUUGAGGAGACGGGGAAGAACGAAAUAACUGAAAGUACACAGGCCCUAAUUGAUGUGAAAUUGAGCAAAAUGGAGGCAGCCCUACAGUCAGAGCGGGAACUGAGGCAAGAGCGCGAGGCUGAACUCACUGCUGAGCUGGCCUCUCUGGAGCAGCGCCUUCGGGAGAGUAAAGAAAAGGAACAGACCCAGGGGGAGGAGCCAGUGAAGACGGACAUGUCUGAAAGUGAACUGGCCACAAUUGAGGGAAAGCGGAGGGAAAUGGAAGCAGCCCUACAUUCAGAGAGGGAACAGUGGCAAGAGAGUGAGGCUGAACUCAAGGCUGGACUAGCCUCUCUGGAGCACCUCCUUCAGGAGAGUAAAGAUAAGGAACAGAGCCUGAUGGAGGAGAGCUCUAAAAGGGAAGCCCAACUCCAGGGGCUCCACAGCAGCCUGGAGGUAGAGAAGGACGACCUAGAGGAGCGUCUGAUGAACCAGCUGGCCCAGCUGAAUGGCAGCAUCGCCGGCUACCAACAGGACGCGGCAGACAGCCGGGAGCGCCUUGCGGAGCUGCAGCGGGAGGUGGAGAGACUGGAGAGGGAGCGGGCCGAACUGGAAGCCCUGGCCGAGAGUGAGAGGGACCGGGCAGCCAGGCUGGAGGAGGACAAGAGGCAGGCCCAGAGAGAGAGGGCAGAGGCAGAGGCCGAGUCAGGGAAGCAGAGGGAGCUGGAGCAGCAGCUGAAGUCCGCCCAGAGGGUGAAAGAGGGCAGCCAGAGCCGGGCAAAGCAGCUGGAGGAGCUGCUGAGAGAGAAGCAGCUGGAGGUGCGCCAGAUGCAGAAGGAUUGCAUCCAGUACCAGGAAAGGAUCAGCGAGAUGGCCAGGGAGGGCAAGGCUUUGCAACUGGGCAGCAACGAGAUCCACAAAGAGCUUGGGCAAGCCUAUCUGGAGAGGACCAAAGUCACAGACGCUUUGAAGAAGACUGAGGCUGAGCUAUCUAGCUGCAAAGCCCAGCUGGUUGAGGCCCAGACAGAGGCCAGCCAGGCCCAAGCUGAAAGGAGAGCCUAUGAGCAGACCGCUCUACAGAGAGAGGCUGAGUUGAAAGCAGAGGCAGAGCAGAGCCUGGACUCUGUGAGGUUCAGGCUGGGAGCCGAGCUGAAGCAGAUUGAGCUGAGGUUGGAGGAGUCUUACCGGGAGAGGGAGAGAGAGGAGAAUGCCACCCGGGAGGCAAAAGAGCUGGCUGACACCGCUGAGAGACAGGCCCAGCAGAUGCAGGCCCGCCUUGAUGAGUCUCUGGCCCGACUGGCUGCUUUCUCGCGCUGUAUGUCCUCCCUGCAGGACGACAGGGACCGCGUGCUGGAUGAGACCCGGCAGUGGGAGAGUCGCUUCAACAGCACCCUCCAGGGGAAGGAGGCAGAGGUGCGGGAGGGAGAGACCCGAUCCAGAGAUCUGGCUGAACAGCUGCAGAAAGAGACCGCACAGAGAGAAGAGCUACAGCUUACAGUGGACAGACUGCAGAAAGCAGACGAGCAGUGGCAGCUGAAAUGGGAGCAGGAAGAGAAGAGGCUCCGUGAGAACCAGGCUGCCCUGGAGCAGGAGAGGGGAGAGCUUCAGAAGUCCCUAGCCCAGACUGAGACCUCCCUGGCUGACACUCGCGCCCAGCUGGCUUCCCUGGAGAGCGAGGCGGAGGGGCUCCGCAACAGAGCCCAGGCCCUGGAAGAGGCAGUUGGGAAGCUGCAGGGAGAGACCAAUGAGGUCGGGUCCCAGCUGAAGGAGAGGGAAGCAGAGGGGAGGAGGCUGGGCCUGAGCGUGGAACAACUGGAGACAGACCUGCGCUCAUCCAAGACCCUGACAGAGAGUCUGCAGACAGAGCUGAGUGAGAAGGAGAGGAGAGAGGUAGAGCUGCUGGGAGAGAAGGAGCAGGCCGUGACACAGGCUGCAGAGGAGGCCAGGAGGGAGGCUGACGCCAGGGCCCAGGAGGCUGAGAAGGAGCUGGAGGAGAGGAGAGAGGAGGUGCGGGGUCUGGAGGACCGGCUGCGGAAGGCAGAGGAGGAGAGCAGCCACAGCAAAGCCAGGCUGGACGCCUUCACCAAGGCCAUGGGCUCUUUACAGGACGACAGAGACAGAGUACUUGGCAUGUACAAACAGCUGGAGGAGAAACAUCUGCAGGUGAUGAUGGAAAAGGACGCUCUGAUCCAGGAGGCUGCUGCGGAGAAUAACAGUCUGAAGGAGGAGCUGCGCUCCCUAUUGGUCCAGAGGGACGACCUCCACGCAGAGAAGGCCAAGCUAUCUGCCCAGCUUCACGGCUACAGGGACGACCUUACCCAGGUCCUCACCAUGAAGGAGUCCCAGCACAAGCAGCUCUUGUCCGGCCAGCUGGAGCGCAUCGCAACCCUGGAGAAGGAGAGAGCUGAGCUAGAGGCUAAGAUCAAGAGCCUGGAGGGAGGGGAGGCUUUUGUUCAGGCGGUGGAGAGGGAGACACUCAGCCAGGCUGGUGAUAGUGGAAACAGGCAGGUGAGAGACGCUCCCGGGGCGGAGGUAGAGAAGCUGAGGGAGCAGCUGCAGGCUGCCAGGGCCCAGGUGGAGAGCCUGGAGGAGAGCCUUGCCAAGGAAAGAGAGGUGCAGGAGGCUCGGCAGAAGGAGCUGAAAGAACUGCGUUGGGAGGGAGGGGUGACGCGCACAGAGUCGGAGACAGCGGCCGAGAGGGUGGCUGAGCUGGCCCGAGACCUGCUGAGCAUGGAGCAGAGGCUGCUGGAGGAGAGGGAGGUGGCCGGCCAGCUCCGGGCCCAGAACCAGGCGUUCGGCCAGGCCAUGGCGUCACUGCAGGGCAGCAGGGACCAGGCACUCAGCCAGGCCCAGGAGCUCAGCCUCAGACUGGAGGAGAUGAGCAGGGCAGGGGGCCAGCAGACACCCACCACGGGCCAUGGAGGAUCCACUGCGGAGGUGUGGGGACUGAAGAACGCCCUGUCAGCCCUGCAGAACGACAGGGAGAGACUGUUGGAACAGCUCCAGCGGCAGCACUCAGAGCUCACUCGACUGGGAGGAGGAGAGCUGUCUAGACUCAGCCAGGAGCUAGAGGAGGAGAAGAGGAGGGCUGAUGAGAUGGUGGACAGGAUGAGGGAGCUAGACAACCUGAGGCAGAGGGAGAACCAGGAACUAGAAAUUCUCAGGCUGGAGCAGGUUGACUGGCAGGCCCAGGCAGAGCUCCUGAAGCAGCAGACCCUGGCCACCCUCUCAGACCGUGACCAGCAGGUGCGCCAGCUCGGUGCCAUGUUGGAGGAGGCCCGCGCCACCAGGCCCAAACCACUCGAGGAACACCACCAGAGACAGGCACCUCUUGAGGCAGACCUGUCAUCUAAAGUAGGGGUCCUUCAAUCAGAGAGUGGCCCGCUGAAUGAUCUUCAGCUGCGAGAGCAGCGGAUUACACAGCUCAGUAACAAGUCUGCUGAGCCCGUUGCUGUCCCUCCCUCCCCUCAGCUCUCGCAGGUGUUUGAGGAGAACCGCCAUCUCUCCUCCCAGUUCCAAGGCAGUUCCCAGAGGCUGGAUGAGGCCGAGAGCCGCUGCACUGCCCUCCAGAGGCAGCUCCAGGAACUGCAUGAAGACAAGCGCAAGAGGACAGGGGAAGUGGACAGUGCCCCCGGAGCUCCUCAGCAGCACAGUGGCCCUUCAGAGAGCGAGAGCCUCAGGGUGGAUUUUGAAGAGCUCCAGCGCAGACUGGAUGAGGAGCAGCAGUAUAGGGUGGCUGUGGAGGAGCAGCUAAUAGCCGCCCAGGACCGCCUCAAACUGAUCAACCAGGGUGAAUGGCAGUCGGCCCAUGAAGGGCAGUUCUCUGAGACAUCUGUCCUCAUUGAGCCACCAGGAGGCUCUGUCACCCGAAUUCGGAGCAGCAACGGACCAGGCCUGAUGAGAAUGCUGCGUGUGUCCUUCUGCUCUCGCCAGCGCACACCCCUGCUGGUGUCCCUCUACCUGCUCACCGUGCACGUGCUGCUACUGCUCUGCCUGGGGGGUUACGUUUAGGGCCCCCUCCACCCCUUAGAGACUGGGAGAGGAGAGAGAUGGAGAGAUAACAGACAUGUGACACAGACCCACCCACCCCCUCUCCAAGACCGAUAUCAUAUUAUUGUUACAUUCAAUACUGUAGAAUAGGAGAAGACUUGUCACACACACACACACACACACACACAGACCAUGCACUUUUGAUACAACAAAAAAAUAACGAUAAUGUGUCUUAGACUGUUAACCAAAGUGAAUAGUUUUUUUAUAUACUGGGACUCAAAAACACCCUCGGCCAUCAUUGAUUUGAUUCAAUAUUUAAUAUGUUACCGUUAGCAAUCAAUAUUUAAUAUGUUACCGUUAGCAUACAUGAUCAGUCAAAUGUUAUUGUAGAGGAAAUGAGAAGCAGUAUUGCACUACCUCAGAACUGUUGUUUGUUAGACUUCUAUAAAGGGACGUGGAUAUUAUGCAUCUUUAAAUGUACCUGGGGGAACUAACAUGAAAUGACACUAUACAGUAGAUUUACACGGUGUUUAGUUUUUCAGCCAGUUUUAUAUUAGUGGUGGUUUAGGUGCCUUUAAAUGAGGAGAAUAAAGGAUCACUUCAUGUCUGGAUGGAGUGAGGGUUAGGAUCUGUGGAUCUGUUCAGAUCUCUCUCUCUCUCCUAUGUUCUCACGUACAGUGGACACCAACUGAAACGUGUACAACCUGCUAUGACUACAUUCCCACAAACAUCUAUUUGUUUUCUUUUUCCUCUUCGUUUUUUCUGUAAUUAAAGAGAGAGCACCGUCAUUGGCA